CUUCAAGACGGUGGUGAAGGUCUAUUGUAAUUCCAUGGGCCUCACGAUGGAAUUUUGAUUACAAGUAAUUAAUCUAAUGGGGAUGGAGGCUAUGAUAAUGAAAAUGGCUAUGGAAAUGUGAUUUCAUUUUUUACAUGGUAUUUUUUAGGGGAUUUUUACAGGGUAUGAAGAUGUGAAGUUGAUGACGGCUGCGACGGCCCGGUCCCAACAUGGCUUUAGAACCGUGCAAGCCCACGUACACGAAUAUACGGCCCAUGGGCUAUGUCAUACGUCCCACCACCCGCAUCCGCCUGCACUGAAAAAAAAAAGCCCAGUUCGGCUCGAACGCCGCGCCGCCGCACCCACACGCUGCUGGCUGACCGGUCCUUGCCCGGCGCCGGCGAGCCUCCCUUGCUGGCCCCACGCGACGAGUGGGCAGCCUCGGCGUCCCCCAGGCCCGGCUCCACGCGGCGCGCGCCCGAGGGUGUUCCGCCAGUCCAAGCGCCUGGUGGCAUGUACGCCUCUCACACUCGCAGGCUUCUUCGCCGCGACAGGGGAGCCCGUGCCCAUGGCGGCGCCGCCAGGAGGCGCGCGUCGACGCCUCUGUUGUGCUUCGUCGGCGCCAUCCUCCUCGUCGCGGCCUCUCGCCACACCCUGCUCCCCAAGGUGCCAUUUCUGGGCUCCUUUUGGAGAGUUUCAUUGGCAUCUGGUGCUUACAUUCCCAUGCCCAAAUUUUACGGUGUAAAGUAUGAGCUGCACACGCUCCCUGUGGAUGCGAAGGCGGUGGCCGACGGUGACACAAUCACAGUGUAUGUUGACGCGGCUGACCCUCGUGAGUCCGGCAACGUGCCCCGUGAAGUUCAGCAAGCCGCCGCAGAGCGAACCAAGGCGCGGACGGCCAAGAACUAUGAGAAGGCUGAUAUGCUACAUAAGAUCAUAGUGGAUGCCGGAUAUAGGCAAGUUCCUGACUUGACAGGGAAACAUGUUCUCGCGAAGAAGUACCGGAUCAGGCUAAGAGGGAUUGAUGCACCAGAGAACUCGAUGCCUUAUGGUAAAGAGGCAAAAGAGGAGCUGGUGAGGCUGGUGAAGGGAAGAACCUUAAAGGUUUCCAUAUGUGAUACUGACCGGUACGGUCGAUUAGUUGGAGAUGUUGUCUGCAAUGGUGUCUUCGUGCAGGAACACAUGCUGAAGAAAGGCCUCACAUGGCACUACUCUGCGUAUGAUCGACGGCCUGAGCUCGCAGAGUGGGAGAAGCAGGCGUGGGUGAGCGGGUUGGGCCUGUGGGCGCUGCCGAACCCUGAGAAGCCAUGGGAAUGGAGGAAGGAGAAGCGCGCGAGGAAAUGGUGAAUCAUCCGUGACUCGUGCCCAAAGAUCUCUAGACGACUAGACGAGAACAGUAGCUUCGAACACUGUAUAAUGUUUACUCUGUACCUCAACACUUGCAUGCUGUAACAGCCUCUGUAGAUUGCAGCAGGGAGCAUCGAUUUGUGUAAGCUCCAAUUGGGGACGCAUUCUCUUGUUUGCAUUAGACUGUUGUAAACUUAUAAUGAUUUCUGUAAACCACGAUGUGAUGAUCAGUUGGUAUUAAUGGAUUGAUACUGCUAUGUA